CCGGUCAGUCAGUCAGUGACGGUGAUCGCGAAGCGAAAAAGGGCAACACAGCUCAGCGGUUCUUCCUUCGAGUUAUCGUGCUAAAACAAAUUACUUUCUUCGUAGAAUUUCUCAAUUAAUUAGUAGCAGGUAAAAAAAGAUUAACGACGCACAAUGUCCGACAUUCAGACACUAGUUGAUAUGGGAUUUCCCAAGGAAAAAGCAGAACGGGCCCUCCAGGUCACCAACAACAAGGGUGUGGAAGCGGCCAUGGAAUGGCUGCUGGCGCAUGCCGAUGAGGACAUUCCCUCCGGCAGUGGAUCGUGUUCGUCCACCACGGAACAACAACCGCCGGCCGAAGAAGGGACCUCGCCGGAUGCCACUGGAGGAACGGCCACCGAAGAAUCUGCUCAGGUGGCCAAAUCUCUCAAGUGCGACGAGUGCGGCAAACUGUUCAAAUCCCAGGACGAGGUCGAGUUCCAUGCGGCCAAAACGCAGCACAGUAGCUUUUCCGAGUCCACCGAAGAGAAGAAACCGCUGACCGAAGACGAGAGGAAGGCCCAACUGGCCCUGCUGGAGGAGAAGAUGAAACGGAAGCGCCAGGAGCGCGAGGAGAACGAAAAGAAGGAAGCCCAGGAGCGGGAGCGGCUGCGAAUCAAGUCCGGCAAGGAUAUGCUGGAGGCCAAGCGCAAGCUCGAGGAACAGGAAAUGAAGAAGGUGAUGGAGCAGCGGAGGCGCGAGAAGAUGGAGGAGAAGGCCGCUCGCGAUAGGGUGAAGGCGCAGAUCGAGGCGGACAAGGCCGCCAGACGGGCCAAACAGGCUGGUGAAAGCCCUAUUGCUGCCGCACCGGUCCCUGUUGCCACUACCCCUACGGAGCCCAGCAAACCGGCCACGCCGAAGACCUACACCAAUGCUCGCAUUCAAAUUCGCAUGUUGGACGGCAGCACCCUGGUGGAGACUUUCGACGCCAAGGAACAGCUCGCCGCCGUGCGACUGUUCGUCCAGCUUAAAUUGGGCAGCGGCUCGGCUCCGUUCGGCUUGAUGACCAGCUUCCCGCGGAAGGUGUUCGACGGAGAGGACUUCGACAACUCGUUGGAAAAGUUGGGACUGGUUCCGUCGGCGGUACUAAUCGUGACUAAGGCGCCCUGAGAGACAGUGUAGAAAGGUUUGUGAUUUGGAGCAGCAUUGACCGUGGCUUCCGGUGUACGAGUCAUACAAGGAUGUGAGUAAUUGUUGAAGCAGACAAAAAACAAGUGAAUUGGUUUGGAAUAUGUAUUUAUUAGUUUUGUCUAAAAGAGAUAAAAAAAACGGAAAAAUCGCCUCA